UUUGUCUGUACUGUUGACUUGCAUCAUCUUGCUCUCUUUACUUGUUCUGCUUCUUUCACUUUUCUAUCAUUGUGUCCUUGCCGGCUUCGUUACCCAUAUACCCUCAUUUGCUCUUGAGCUUCGAUAUACCCACACUCAUUCCACAAAUCCAAAAAAAAACCCCCACCCUCCCUCUCCACGGAAUACAUCACUAUCCCAUCACUUCCACGUCACGGUAACCAAACGGAACCAUGACCUUCAAGGACGUUAUUUCGAAGAUCCAACGAUCUAUCCUUUGCUAUAGCAAGCGUGAGCGAAAGUGUUCACUGGACAUUAGCUCACCAACCAACGUCCGCCGCGUCGACGUCUCCAACGCCCUCCCCGGCCUCACCGACGCCGAACGAAAGUACAUCCGCGAGAAAGCCUCCAGCAAUGCCAUCCACCUCCUCGGUCUACAAUUCCAUCCUCCAUCGCACCCUCCUUCCCAGCCAACAACAACGCCGCCUUCAGCCGAACACUUCCUUCGACAUGAGUCAAACUCGGCAAUGUCAUCUCGAGAGCCAUCCAUGGCCCUUCUAAACGCUGCCUCCAAGGACCUGCCCGACGCUAUCCCAACGCCCCCACGCCAGACUCACCCACCCACCUCCCCGCCUUCAGCCAGAAUGAAAAGCAUGUGGGACGGUGCGAGGAGACUGAGCAGCUCGUCGAGCUGCAGGGACAGUCUUUACUCGAAGAUCGGUGACGGCGAGAAGCCGAGAGACGCAUCUUUCAUGACGCUGAACCUUGAGUUCGAGUUCGAGAGUCCCGGUGCUAAGAAGCGUUCUGACAGCCCGAGGACGCUGAGUGUGGCGUCGGGGUUUGAGACACAGGACACCGUUGGCGAGCACGCCGACACCAAUAUACCGAUCAUAAAGAAUGAGAAAGUCAACGCCGCCAUCAAGGAGACGGAGGUCGUGGAUAGUGGUGGUGAUGAGGAUCCGUUCGUUGCUGCUGAGGGGAAGUUGUUGAAAAGAUCUGAGUUUUGUUCCGAUGAGUUUGUUGAAGGGUAAUUGAUCAGUGAUCAUUGGGCCCAGGUUACGACCGCAUAUGUAUUUGUACGAUGUUAUGACACACAGGAUGGCAGGAUAAUCAUGGAUCCAAGGAUGGGCAAAGACGUAUACUCGUCCACUGUACUGGAAUUAAUAGUCAGUAUUGACAGGACAUAUAACUCAAAAUCAAAAAGAGCUUGCAGCAGAUUGCAAGUAUUGCUCGACGCUGUUUCCAAGCUUGCACAAUAGCAAUCACGCUGUGAACUCUGUCAGGACGGC